CCUGCUUAAAAGGCUAGCUAAUACACUUUGGAUUACUUUGGAGAAUUACUAGUAAUGGAAAUUUAUUCAAUUUUCUGUUCGUGAGUUUGCAACUUUCAUAUGCCUUGGUGGUGGGGCCCCUCUUACAAUAUAUUAGGCAGUAGGCACGUGCCUCCAAAAUUGUGAUUGAUACAUGAACUGAACAGGCAGUGCUCUUACCUUUGAGGCCCAAACCAUUAAAAAAGUUCAACUUUCCUUGUUUGAAGUUGACGAGAUAGAAUUGUUACUUUCACCUAGGGAAAGGGGGACAGAGAUUAAAUUCCUCAUUCUAUGUGACAACAUUAAGUCAUUUAGAAUUGCUAGAACAUUCACUCCUGCCUGCUUGAUAAUCUGGAUUUUGAAUAUUUUUGCUUUUCUUGUUCAGGUGGAUUGGAAGUGGUAGGCAUUCUCAGAGGGCUAUAUAAUCUGUAAUGAUAUUGGGUUUAUUCUGGGAAAAUGCUAGGAGGCAACAGCAGUAAUCCUUUGCUUCCAGAUUUCCUAGAUGAUAACCGUUUUCAAUAUCAGACUAAUCCAUCAAACCGUCUGCAGCUAUUUGGGAAUGUUCCAGCUGGGUGUUCUGUUGAUCCAGUAAAUUACUUUGGAAAUGAACAGCUGACUCCAAUGAUUCGGCCCAAUAAAAGAGGCAGGGAAAUGGAAGAUCUACAAAGGCAGCAAAAGCUACAGAUCUCCUUGAAUUAUAACAUCUGUCAAGAGGAAGCUGAUCACUCAGCAAGAAACCCAAACCCUGUGUCAACUGGGUUAAGGCUGUCCUAUGAUGAUGAUGAACGCAACUCUUCUGUGACAUCUGCCAGUGGAAGUAUGACAGCGGUGCCAUCAUUCAUGUUCUCCCUUGGUGACAAUGUACGAAAUGAGCUAGAUCAUCAGAAAGAAGAGUUUGAUCAAUAUAUUAAACUUCAGGAAGAACACUUGGUAAAGGGUAUAAGAGACAUUGGGCAGAGGCAAAUGGCUUCUUUCCUUGCUGCUAUAGAGAAAGGUAUUGACAAGAAACUAAAGGAGAAAGACUUAGAGAUAGAGAAUAUGAAUCAGAAGAACCGAGAACUGGUUGAGAGAAUAAGGCAGGUAGCUACAGAAGCUCAAAAUUGGCACUACAGAGCAAAGUGCAACGAAUCAAUUGUUAAUGUCUUAAAGAACAAGCUUCAGCAGGCAAUUUCACAGGGUGCUGAACAAGCAAAGGAAGGUUUUGGGGACAGUGAAGUUGAUGAUGCUGCCUCGUAUAUAGACCCAAAUAACUACCCGCGCAUUCCGGGAGGUGCUUCAAAUUCUGUUUCGAGAAAUCAUCGAGGCAUGAAGGAGAAUAUGAUUUGCCGAGCAUGCAAAGUAAAGGAGGUGUGCAUUUUGUUGAUGCCUUGUAGGCACCUUUGCUUAUGUAAAGAUUGUGAUGUAUUUAUCAGCGUUUGUCCAGUGUGCCAGGUAAUGAAAACUGCUGGUGCUCAGGUGUACUUGUCCUAAAUCACGGAACAGAUUACUGAAAAGUCAAAGUUAUUUAUACCCUAUAUUUGUGUGACUAUGUCGGCAUCCUUCCCCUGAACCUUGCAGUAUUGUGUGGAGCAGAGAAAAGUUUCAUGAAUGGAGUCUCUGCAUGACUAUCUCUCAUAUGAUGAUGAUGCUCUCUUGAUAAUUGAAGAGCUAAAUGUUUGACUUCUUGUAGAAUAAAAAUAAAUAAAUCAAUUCUAU